AUGUCAAUAUGUUUUGUUUUACUGUAUGAAGUGGAUGGACAUCAAGCAGUAGAAUACUGUUUUCCUCUCCACAACUCGUCUUGCGUUAAGGAGGUACGAUCCAUAGCAGAAAAUAUACUCGCGCACCUUUUUUUUUUCUCUGCGUCAGCAUUCACAGUGUUUGUGAAUCUGCUGGUGAUCAUCUCCAUCUCUCACUUCAAGCAGCUCCACACUCCAACCAACCUGCUCAUCCUCUCUCUGGCUGUGGCAGAUCUGCUGGUUGGGAUUGUUGUGAUUCCAGUGGAGGCCAUCAAAGUCAUCGAGUCAUGCUGGUAUCUUGGUGAAACAAUGUGUUCAGUUUUUCAUGGGAUUGUUUUUUCUGUCAUUUUUGCAUCUGUAUACAAUUUAGUUAUCAUAGCUGUUGACAGAUAUGUUGCUGUUUGUGAUCCUUUACUCUACAUUUCAAAAAUAACUAUUGGAAAAACAUUGACUUCUAUAUUCCUAACCUGGAUAUUUUCUUUUAUAUAUAAUCUUGUUAUUCUAUACUGUAAUGGUCAAUGGCAUCGUUCUCAGGCACACAAGAAUUGCCAUGGAGAAUGUGUGUUGAUUAUCAGUUUUACAUGGGGAAUUAUUGACCUUUUUGUCGCCUUUGUUGCACCUUGUUCUGUUAUUAUAUGCUUAUACAUGAACAUUUUCAAAGUGGCAAGAAUUCAAGUCAAAGUGAUGAAUAUCACAACUAGGAUCAAGAUGUCAGAGAGUAAGGCAACCAAAACACUGGGGGUUGUGUUAUCGGUUUUCCUCGUCGUUUGGAUCACAUAUUAUGUAGGUUCACUUACUGAGGACUACCUGGCACAUUCAAAUGUCAUCAUAGCAUUUCUCUCCUGGGUUGUGUACAUUCAUUCAUUCCUUAACCCUCUGAUCUAUGCAUUGUUUUACCCAUGGUUCAAAACAGCAGCAAGACACAUCUUAACCUUACAUAUCCUGGCACCCUCAUCCUCCUUAAUAAAUCUCCUUCCAGAAAAUUGUUAGAUUGCAUUAAAAAUAAAUGUAACAUUUGAUUGUACUGGAUGAGUGGCCUUGUAGGUACACACUAUAUAACAUGUUGUGGUAUAGAAAGUGAUGUAAUAUAUAUGUUUCUGCUUAUUGCUGUAUGUUUGUAUUGAUGACUUUUGGUUAUACUGUAAAGGAAAACCGCACUGCAGGUUUACUAAGAAUGUUGACAUUGUAUCUCAAGGACAGCUGUUGUUCUGUGUCAAUACAAAUGACAACAGGAACAACU